AUGUAUACAGAAAAGUCGAUCCAACAAGCAAUAUGUUGCUUGUUUCUUAUAGCAUACAUUGCAAGAAGCCAUGCUGCUGUUGUCAACAUUAAAUCCAAAGGCGCUAAGGGCGAUGGCAUAACCGAUGAUGGCCAGGCAAUAGUGAGUGCUUGGAACGAAGCAUGUAGAAGAGAAGCACCAAGCUCAGUGUUGAUUCCACCAGGGACCUACAUGGUAUUUCCUCCUAUUGAUCUCAUUGGCCCAUGCAAGGGUCCAAUUAAGAUCAAAGCCACCGAAGCCAUCAUCAAGGCCCCACCCGAGCUUGAAAAGUUCACAACCACAUACUGGAUCGCCAUAAGGAAUGUUAGUAAGUUGACUAUGAUCGGUGGUACUUACGAUGGCCAAGGAGAACAAACUUGGUUGCAAAAUUUAUGCCCGGAUGGGGGGCCAGGACCUUGCCCACUUCCAGUCAAUCUUCAAUUCACUAAUGUCACAAAUUCAUUGUUGCAACACAUAACAUCUACCGAUAGCAAAUUCUUUCACAUGAGUGUCAACACAGAUGGAAUUCAAAUCGGGCGUUUAAGCGGUGUCAACAUCACAAACUCAGUAAUGAGAACGAAUGACGAUUGCAUUUCAAUAGGUCAAGGAUGCAGGAACAUCCGUAUCAAGAAUAUUAUGUGCGGACCAGGAGAUGGCAUAGGUAUUGGUAGUUUGGGAAGACGCGCAAAUGAAGAACCUGUACAAGGAAUCUGGAUCAAGAAUGUCACCAUGACAGGCACAGAAAACGGACUCAGGAUAAAGACUUGGCCUACAUCUUUCCCAGGAAGUGUUAGUGACUUGCAUUAUGAAGAUAUCAUCAUGCACAAUGUGUCAUUUCCCAUAUUCUUCGAUCAACAAUUUUGCCCUUUGAAUAACUGCCAGAAUGGAACUGCAUCAAACGUGAGCAUAUCGAAUGUGAGCUUUAGGAAUAUCAGGGGAACAUCAGCAACUAAGGUGGCAUUGAAGUUUGAUUGCAGCGCAGAUGUACCAUGCAAGAACAUAAAGGUGGCUGAUAUUAAUUUGACGUACGAAGGACCUGAAGGAGGACCUGCCACCUCGGAGUGUGCUAACAUUAAACCCAAAGUCGUCGGCCAUGUUGUUCCUCCAGCUUGUCCAGGAAAAAGACCAAUCGAAGUGACAGUUGAGAAACUUCAAUUCUUGAAAAGAGUUCAAGAAUUUGUCUUAAACCCUAAACCACCAUUGGAGAUGAUUGACGUUCUCGUCGUUGCAGUGAUAUCGGCCAUUGCCACCGCUCCUGCUGUUGUCAUGGUUCAUGCCACGACGGCUCCAAAUCCGGAAUACACCACUUGGAAGGAACGUGAUAAAUUUGUUUUGCUUUGGUUCAAGUCUACAUUUACUGAUCAUGCGUUAGCUCUAGCCGUCCGCUCCACUUCAUCUCGUGCCGCCUGGCAGACAAUUGAAAAAUUGUUUCAAGCUCAAACUAGGGCAUGUUGA